UUUAUCUCACGUGAUUGGUCAAAUAUAGUAUUACGUUAAACUGGAGUAUAUUAUUAGUUUUUAGGGUGUACGACCUUAACUUCGUGGCGAUAUAACCUGUUUACUUGGCGGUAGAUUGUAGGCUCAGAACCUUGAGAAGUACUUCCCAACCGUUGCCUAUAUCCCGUAUCUUCAUAUCUACAGACUGAGAAUGGUGGAGCUUGACAGUCUCUACCACUAUGUCUAUACCAAGGUAUGCAGUAUGGGAGUGACGACCUCGUCCCUGGAUCUCCCCCCUGCAGAGGAUUACCUUACCCAGUGUUGCCUGGCAAUCAGAGAAUGUUCAUCCAUCCGUCUUAUUCAUGCUCCCAAGGAGCUCAAGGAAGUCGUCCAGCGAGCUGUUGAGAAACACUGGUCACCAGGCGGUUCUAAGAUACUAGAGACAGAUACACUAUGGGAGUAUCGGCUCAAGGGUCUGCCAUUCUGGAACUCUUUUUCUCAUCAACGAUCCCUUCAGGUGCACUCUCUAAUCUGUUACAUGUUGGACGAGAUGCAGGUAGCUGGAUGGGACGUCCAAACUGCCACUGACCUCUCCCGCUGCAAGGACCUGUCCACUUUCUUCUUAAAACGACGUACCAAGGCCAUGACUGAUCGUGACGAUCCGGUUCGUGGGCGACGAAAUAGAAUGAUGUUCAGCGCAACUCUAGCGGAUAAGAACAAAGUGUAUGUGGUUAACGCCCCCAAACACGUGAUAAACCAACUGUAUACCAUCUUUAGCAACCACUGGUCUAAAGGUGUCCUGAGGGUAUCCAGGAACAAAUAUGGAACAAUAUUCACGCUGAAGGGGGAACCUUGGUCGGAUGGGAAGUCUGCCUCAAUCCAAGCUAGUUCUCUGGUCCACCGUCUUGUCUACACCAUUGGCUUACUUGGCUGGGACGUGAGCACUAUAGCCCGAGUCAAGAACUUUAGGGAUACCAUAUUCUUCAAGCAGAAGAGAAUGAAGAAAUUUGAUGAUCUUGUCGGAUGCUUCCUUUCUAUCAGUUUCUACGGCAAAAACAGACUGAGGCUGAUUCACUGCAGUGACCCAAAUAUACAAAAUGAUAUUGAAAACUUCAUCAACCAAAGUUGGGAACCAGGACUGGAAGGAACGAGAAAAAUACACGGCACUAUUGAGUUCAGGCUGAAUGGGAAGCCGUUUUGGUCGGACAGUACGGAUGGAAUUGACAGCAAAUUACUGAUCUGUGCUCUGCUGGCUAUGCUUCAGAAGAAAGGGUGGAGGAUUCACAACUUUAUCAGUGCGACCAGAUCUCUCGAAAAUAAGGGAACACUCCUGUUCAAGAAGGAGGCAAGUUCCGACGUGUCCCCUAUGUGCAUAUCUUUUGAUGAUGAGGAUAAAUUACGUCUCAUCUCGGCUACUGAUGAUGUGAAGUGUACCGUCAGGACUGUCAUUACACAGAGACUUGGAACAAAUGGCAUCGUCAGGGAGGGCAACUUCAGGAACUGUUGGGAGUUCAAGUUGCACGGAGCCCCCUGGACUGGUUUAUCUAGUGACGAGGGUAUCAAAGUCAGGUCUCUUCUAGCUCACAUUCUGCAGAAACUGUCAUUCAAAGGCUGGCACGUGAUGACGUCAUUCGACGUGUGCUCGAAGAUCAUCAAGAGCGACGACAGACAUCCUCAACCGCUGGACGCCCAGAGCUGGUACCUGUGCAAGAAGGAAUCUCUGGGGAUCAUGUUCGAUAAAUGGAAAAAGAACGCUGACGUAGAGCCCUCAAAGAACAAGAGAUCAAGUGCAGUGAACAACAACUCUUCCUCGAUAAAGGACUAUGGGGUCCCCGCCGGAAAAGUCAAUUCCUGACGACCCUUUAGGUGAACAAGAAUCGGAGCUGUCUGCUGAGAUCAUGAAACAAGUCAUGAAACAGGACUUCUGUAUACCAACAAUAGAAAGGAGCGAAGCUGCUCCCUCCCCUCUCCUCGAAUCCCUUAGGACAGAUGACAUGACAACCCCCGAGUCUUCUCUUACUAACCUGAUAAGGGACAUGAAGUGCGAGGUGGCUAAGGAGAAGAGACUUCUACCAAAGGAGCCUCUACCUAAGGAUCUUGAUAUUCCUAUUACCACUUUUAUUGAAACAGUUGACGCUGACGACUACGAAAAGGACCUGGAUCAUUUGAUUAUUGAGGAGGAUUCGUUAGAACCGGUUAUGUGUAGUCUGACUAACGACCGUUUGGUGCCCUACGAUUGUAAAACUAUUUCUCCGUGUCCUUCAAAUCAUGACGAAUUCGAGAUUCCGGAGAUUCUUGACGACAUCAUCAACACGAUUUAUUCCGAUCCGCCUGUUUUUGAUAAGAAAUGAGAAAGAGAUAGAGAGUGAGAUCAGCUUUAGCCAGUCACAGCCUGGUUGUACCUAUUUUAUAGUGUUGGGAGUCUUCAUGGAAAUUUACAUGUGACAUUUGAGCAUGGCUGAGUCUGAAAUAUGAUUGGGAUCAUACGUUUUUAUCUUUCUGCUCGAUAUAUAGAGUUGAAAUAUUUUCAAUAGUUUUAAGUCAUAUUGGAGAUCAAUUGCAUGUACAGAGGAUUUGAAAAUGGUUGAUGUCCGAUGUCAAACUCUGGCUUUUAGGUUUCUAGGUGAUAUUACCACGUCUUUUAGUUUGAAGUGAACAUUGACUUGUUAGAUUUCAUGUGAUCAGUCAAGUAUUAUAUCAGAACAUUUCCCUUCACAGUCUUGUUACACUUUCAAAUCCCUAAAAAUUAUCUCUGCUCUGUCUUCCCACGGUAUACGCCACUUGGACUGUUUCUAUCAUUGAAACCAGACUGAUUAGUACUUACACACAGUACAAUUGCAACAAUGGAAAAAUGUCAAUUCUGCUCGCUUUGGACAAUUCAAUUCAGACCGAAUGUGUGACUGGUUCACUUGAACAAGAUACUGAGAGCAGUUUGAGAAUAUGUCGGCGGUUCUGGGAUCUAGUCAAAAUAGGACACAUAUUUGGAGUCGACUUGUUAUUUUGGUAUUUCAGUCCAAAUUUUUAUACCAUGCUUUGGAGUAUAGAUAUGAUAAAAGUACAAUGGGCCCAUGAUUUUCGAAACACAUUCUCAUGUAUAUCGUUUGUCUUGAUUGUAUAUUUUUCAAAUGGCCUGAUUGAAACAUGCAUAUAUUUUUAGCCUUGAUAGUUAUCUCGUCUA